AUGUCUUCUUCUGGUGAUACGAAUCCUACUACGAAUUAUCAGGCAGAUGAUGGAGACGGACCUCUACAGAUUGUGGCUUAUAUGUUUGCUGGUCUGGCUAUGAUGCUUAAUAUUAGGCUUUCGUACAGUGCUGCUCCAUUUGCUUUGUUGAGGUUCAAGUUACCUGAAAAUUUAUUCAGUGUCUUCGUUAGGACUACUUCAAGUGCACUGGAACUCUGGUGUAUUCCAAGCAUGCUCAUUGGUAACAUAAUGGAACAAGUAUAUAACAAGACUCAAGAUACUGCGAUAGAAAUUCAUGCCGCCAACCUUAAAGCAGCAGCUGGUGCAACUGAUACCGAUGGUCUCCGACAAAAGGCCGGUACACUAUCUCAACAAGCCCAAACACUAUACAAUGAACUAGGUAGUGGUACUGAAGCUGAAAGAAAUGCUCAAGGAAAAGUCACUAAACUCAAGCAAGCCGCUAGUAAUUCUAGUCCUAAUGAUAAGGGUCUUAAAGAGUUACUCGGAGAACUUAGUGGAGAAUCAACUGAUGUAGUUUCUAAGGCCAAAUUGGUAAUCACUAAGUUCAAUACCGUCGCUGAAAAUUACAAAGAAGUGGCAAAAGAUACAACCGCGAAUAGCAAAUCACCUGCAUUUGGCAAUGUUAAAUCUGCAUUCACUGAACUUAAGAAGGAGUAUUCUGAGGCUAUAUACAAAUACAAGUUUUAUUUCCUAACUAUUCCUUCCAUGAUUACCAAUUGGUUGAACUUCCUGACAUUUGUAAUUCUCCUAAUAGUUUUUGUCACUGGCGGUGAUAACGGUCAUGUAACCGGUUAUUAUGUGAUUAUGGCCAUAUCCGGAUUUGUGUUUGGAAUUAAUAUGGUCCUUGUCUAUGCUGUAGAUUAUAGAUAUCUUCCAUUCUAUAUGGCUGGUGAAAAUUCAUUUCCAAUGGUCACCUCACUAAUACUCUACUUCGCUACAUCCAUCUUUGGUAAUAGGAGGAAAUACAAUUCCGACUACCUUGUUGUCGUAAUUGACGUAUCCAUAGCAAUACUUAUCGCAUUUGUAGCUUCAGUACUAUGGACCUGGGCGUUCUACAACUAUAGGGCUCCAAAGUAUGGUGGCCUAGAACCAAAAUGGCCUGAACUAGUUUCUCCAGUUGCUAUGGUCAUUGUUGGUAUGGGCCUUGUUUAUUCCAUAUAUCCUGGUAUCGCACCUGGUAUGAUUGUACCAUUCUAUCUUAUUGAUAAGAUUGAAAUGAUUCUUCUGGUGGCUACAGCAUUUCCACCAGUAAUCAUUGCUAUCCUAAGAUUAAAGGCACCAGACUGGUCACCUCAAACCGAUUUCCUCCUACAUUCAUUUAAAUUUAGUUUUGGUGGAUGGACACACUACAACGCAAACAAACCCAAAGCAGACCACGAAGGCGAAUUCGAUCCGGGUGAUGAUGUUUAUGGUUGGAUCUGGCACUUCUUUGAUAUUCUUAUUCCACUCCAGAUUUCCCUAGCUAUCAUAUUUAUAUACUCACUUCAUUAUAGAGACUCAUCCAUAUCCCGAUCUAUUGUUAAUCAACCCAAGAUGUCCACAUUUCUAACAAUAAUAUUUUAUAUGUGUCAUGAGAUUCUAUUAGCUUUAGGGUUUCCUGGUAUGGUAGGAAAUGGUGGAGCUGGAGGUGCAGUAUUGCUUCCUGUUCAAUAUGUUGGGGCACUACUUAUGGUGUUCUUAGCUUUCUAUAGCAUAGGUUAUAUAACAGAAUAUAAGAAACACGACCCUUCCCAGUGGCCAACCGAUGGCAUGACAACCUGGAAUGCCCUGUGUUACUGGUUAAAGAUGGCGAGCAAAAUACAAAUAUAA